AUGUCUUGCAAAAAAUACAAAUGUUUUAAAGUCACUGUUAUGAUUUGUCGCGUCGGAGCCGUUGCGCCGUCGAUUGAGUUUUAGCCAACCGCCGUAGUCAAAGGAAAAUACAGUAAAGGUGUAUAAUUUUAUAUUUUAUAUUAAAUAACUAAUAUAAGGAGAACUUGAUGUAACAGAAAAUGUCUCGGCAGACAAGAUUGGACCCCAAAAAAGUGACUAGCCUGUAGAGAAAUAAAAGUGGCCGCCCUCACUAAACAACGUAUCACGAUUUUACAGUAGCUUUGAUUUCACCGUGAUCUAAUAAACAACUUGGCCAGUUUUUGGAAAGCAAUGGAAAUUCCUGUUGCGAAUCAGCAGCAAUCUCAAAAUACAGUCCAACUUAUGUCAACUAACGCCAGCCUACCAGCUAAUCAAAUCCAAGUAAUCCCAAUGAUGUCCACAGGUGGAGGAGGGGCCCAGAUUAUUAUAGGGCAACAACCCCAACAAGUGCAAGGACUUCAACAACAGCAAAUUAUCCCCUUACAAGCUAACCAACUCAUGGCCCAACCUAUGCAGUUGAUGCAGUUGCCGGAUGGGCAAACAUUGCUGUAUCAGCCAUCAGUAGUUAGUGGAGAAACGUCAGCCUCUAAUACCGUUCAACCCCAGUUUAUUAAUAUUAAUGGCCAACUAAUGCAAAUUGCUACAGCAGCAGUUCCCCACACUCAGCAGUCCUCGGCUUCAGCACCGAAUGCGAGUUCUACACAACAAAUAAUAAUGGUACCACAAUCUAAUACGGCGGGCAAUGUUGGAGUCUCCACAACUUCCACACGGGUGGCUACGCCAACUCCUGCGCAAACUGGUACUGUUAGUACAAAUGCAGUUGCUCCGCCGAUGACCGACUCCAACUCUGCCGCAGCUUCUGAGGACUCACAAGCGGCUGGAGCGGAAGCUGAGGAGGAACCAUUGUAUGUUAACGCAAAACAAUAUAAACGUAUUCUGAUACGUAGACAAGCAAGGGCGAAAUUAGAGUCACGAAUACCUAAGGAACGGUCUAAGUAUUUGCAUGAAUCAAGACAUCGUCAUGCAAUGAAUCGGGUACGUGGUGAGGGCGGUCGCUUUCAUUCUGCACAAGAAAAGGCAGACAUGCACCAAGGUGCGGGAGCUGAUGAUCAUCAGCAUCAGAUGGUUCCCACCAGAGCUUCACUACCUCGGGCACCUCCACGUGUCAUAGCACCAUAUCAAGGCAGCAACGCACCCACCCCAAAUAUAACAAUAACACCCAUUAAGUAGCAUACAAGUGCGCUUACUGAAGCGCCAAACUUUAAUAUGCAAAGCCCGGCCCCUUUUUUUACGUACAGUUCUUCAGAAGGAAACAUUAUAUACAACACUUGUAAAUAAUAAUUAUAACACUAGCCAUAAGUAUCGUAAAUUUUAAGGAAAAAAUUAAGUUCGUGGCUCGAAUUACAUAUAUAGGAUAUAUUCAAAACUCCUUCCUAUCCCACUUGUUCAUAGAAUUCCGAAUUUCUAACGCUAACCUAUGGAGCAUUGGUUACCCAAAUGUUGAGAGACAUAGAGAAUGUCGAAGAUGUUAAUAAGCAACUUGAG